GGAGUCGGGAGUCGGGGCUGGGAUUUCACUGGGAAAGCCCAGCGGCGGUAGCUGCGGCGGAUCCCCCGGCACUGUCUGCGGCGCGCCCGCCCAGCCCUGGGCUGGCGAGCAGCUCCGCAAAGUCGCGGAGCGAAAGGAGGUGGAGCGCCCACCAAGUGGUCGGGGCUCCGCGGUGGGGCUGGGUCGGGCGAGGUGUGUGCCCUGGGAACCUGGAUCCCGGAGCCCUGGUGCCUCGCGUGGAGCGGUCAGUGCCCCGGGAAGCGAGCUGACGCUCUGGAAAGAGAAGUCAAAUUGCAGCCUUCCCAAAGACGUCUGCUAAGUUACGCAGGCCAGCCAGUUCCCGGAGAGCAUUCGCGAGCGCGCAGAAAGCCGAGCCGCAGAGCCCUCGCGGGCCAGCCGGCUGGGAGUAGGGCAGCGGCCCCUGUGCAACGGGGUCCGGUCCGGAGUGUGCCGGGGGUACAGAGAGGAGGCGUGCAAAGCUCCACCUGGCCUCCUGCAGCCCGCGUCCGACUUGGGCGCCCCCUCCGUCCCUCUCCGGGAGCGAUGCCCCCCGCCCCUUGCGCCCCACGGGAACGCCUCGAGCAUGGAGAAAUCGAGUAGCGAGGAUUCUUCGAUCCACCGGAGUCCAUCUUUGGACAGCAAGGACUCGGACUUUGCCAAGCCGUCCACCUCGGGCCGCCCGUUCGGCCGCGGCUUCACUGCCGGCGCCUUCUAUGGCACCGCGGGCUCCGGGGGCCAGAGCCGCGCGGAGGCUGGAGUCAAGACUGACAAGUACAAUGCCCCGAAAGGCAGCAAGUACGUGGUGUUUUACCUGGACCUGUCCUUUGUUUUCCUCCUAGAAUUUAAGAAGUGCAACAUGGCCAGGGGCUGCCUCUGCUGUUUGAAAUACAUGAUGUUCCUCUUCAAUUUGAUAUUCUGGCUCUGUGGCUGUGGGCUGCUUGGAGUGGGCAUUUGGCUCUCCGUGUCCCAAGGCAACUUUGCCACCUUCUCCCCCAGCUUCCCUUCGCUGUCUGCAGCCAACCUAGUCAUCGCCAUAGGCACCAUUGUCAUGGUGACGGGCUUCCUGGGCUGCCUGGGGGCCAUCAAGGAAAACAAGUGCCUCCUCCUCAGUUUCUUCAUUGUCCUGUUGGUCAUCCUCCUAGCAGAGCUGAUCUUACUUAUCCUCUUCUUUGUCUACAUGGACAAGGUGAAUGAGAACGCCAAGAAGGACCUGAAGGAAGGCCUGCUGCUCUACAACACGGAGAACAACGUGGGUCUGAAGAACGCCUGGAACAUCAUCCAGGCCGAGAUGCACUGCUGCGGUGUCACCGACUACACAGACUGGUACCCGGUGCUGGGUGAGAACACGGUCCCCGACCGCUGCUGCAUGGAGAACUCCCAGGGCUGUGGGCGCAACAGCACCACCCUGCUGUGGAGAACGGGCUGCUAUGAAAGGGUGAAGAUGUGGUUUGAUGAAAACAAGAACGUUCUCGGCACCGUGGGGAUGUGCAUCCUUAUCAUGCAGAUUCUGGGCAUGGCCUUCUCCAUGACCCUCUUCCAGCACAUCCACCGGACCGGUAAGAAGUACGAUGCCUGAGCGCCAACGGAGCCCAGCCCCCACGCGGACACUGUGCCAAGGAAGGAGAUUUGAGCUUUGUGUUGCCUGCCCGCACUCCAGACCGCUGCCCCCUGCACCCAUGUCCGCCAGCGCCCUCCACACACCCCGCUUCAGGCUUCUUGGGGUGGAGAGCCAUGGGGAGAAGGCAUGGAGAACUUGGGGUGCUGGGGGUGCUGGAUUCCUGCAUCUGUGCAUUUGCCAAAGAAGACAGGGUGGGCCGGGGGCCGCAUUGGAGGAGGCCGCACCGAUGGUGGCUGCCCCGCCCUUCCUCACACCACACUGUGCGCGUGGGGGGCCGUGAGUGCUCCCGCCUGGCGGAGAGACUGCCCAGCAGAGGCCUCCCUUCGGACAGCGGGAGCGGCAGCCUCCGGCCAGGCACCCAAGGAGCACCUUGCCCAGGCUUUUUAUACCUUACAGUGUAACUUUUUUUAUUUUAUUUUACUCUGAUUAUGAUUAUUCAGGAAUAUUAUCUCAGAUAAGUUUAGGGUUAGCUUUCUGAUUUAUAACUUUUUACUGUGUUGAUUUCUGUAACAGUUUGAUUUUUUUCUGAGGGUGGGAGACGGGUGGGAGAGAGGACGUCGUCGGGUUUCAGUCAGGACAAACCACUGUGCAGCAGUCAGGAGGCACUGGGUGAGGUGGGCCAGCCUGCGUUCGGAUGCUCUGAGGGAGGCGGCUGGGGCUGCUCUGUCUGCCCCGCGGCCUGUGGCACCGGAGCCUGGAAGAGGAGGUGAAACAGAGGCGUGUGCAGCCGCGCGAGGAGCGUCCGGCUCAGGAGCCACGUGUCUGCGCAUGCUGGUGCAGGAGGCCAGAGCAGCGGGGUCCCUGGGGGGCUGCCGGGUGCUUCCCAGGAACACAGCUGGAGCCGUUGUGGGUCCUUCCACUUCAUGGAUGAGCAGUUGCUUUUCCUUCCCUUCCUCCUCCCUCUGCCCUCUGCCGGCACGGGAGGCCCUCCUCCCCCCGACCCCCGCGGGCCUUCCUGCGACAUCUGCCAACCCCAGUGAUUUCACAGACAUUCCUGUAGAACUCCCGGACACAUACCUCUCGUUCAGCUGCUGCUCACUUUCUCACACUGCUUCUGGGAGGGAGGCAGUCCUGAGGUUUUGCUGCUCAGACAGUGGCAGAGGACCCUGGAGUCAGGAGGGCAGGUGGAAGUGGUGCCCGUGACCAUUCCAGCUGGUGCACUGGGCUGCUGGUUCCUGCUGGGAGGAAGGGGGAGGUGUCCGUCCAGGUCCCAGGACUCAUCUUCCUCUGGGCUCAUGGAUGGUGGGGUGGGUGGCAGUCAUGUCCCCAGUGACCGCAAGGAAAAGUACAGAAAACUGAGAGAUGUCAGACUGGAUCCUGUUAAGUAGCCCCAGGAGGAAGCCGCCUGAGUCAGGGCCUGGGAGAUGAGAGGUGGGCGGAGCAUUCGGCUGCGAGAGUGCCCACCAGCAUUUAUGCUGGUCUAAGCGAGCAUUUUGCAGUUUUAGAAGGAAGUCAAGAAUCUGUGGGAUGGAGCUUGAAAAGGUUCCCCACUAACUAGGUGGGGCCUGGGUGCUUCCCCAGGUGGGGCCUCAGGGAGGCUGCCUUUUUCUACACCACGUGACUCCAGCCCUAGUUUCCCACCAGGCCCAUAUCUCUCCAGCCUCCAUCUGUCUGUUCCAAGAGCUGAGACUCAGCUGCCCAGCCAGCAACCCCUCCCCUGAUCUUCAGUGCAGUGCAGUCAGGACCAGGAGGACAGAACUUUGGGUGAGCUCAGGACUCACGUCUUUGGAGGGUGGGGAGUGAGGUGGGCAGUAGAACCACCUCCUGAGAGCUGGUGCAGAUGGGAGAGCUGGGGAGGUGGGGCCUGGGGUGGAGGAGGGGUAAGCACACGUUUGAGAAAAACUGCCUCUGGGUCCUUUGGCUGCCUCCGGGAACCCCAGUCUGCAGAGCUCCUAGCAGCCUGCCACCAGGCUAUUGCGGAGACACUCAGCAAACAGCAUUCAAGUCGUGCAGUGGGACGUGGUGCAUACUGAGUUUAUGCUGGGGGUGGGGGGUUGUUUAUGCCUAUCAAUGCAAUUUUUAAUUUUUGUUAAAAUCAACAGCAAAAGCCUAGCACCUUGGGAGGUGUGGCCUCCCUGGCAGUGUUUUGUUUCUGGAGCUUCAGGGGCAUCCUCUGGCCUGGAGCCCUUGCCACAGACCCCCUUCCUCCUUUGCGCCCCACCCUAUCAUUUGUCCUCAGAAUCUUGUCACAGUUCCCAAACUCCCUUCUGGUCUCAUCCUGUGCUUGGUGGUUCCGUCAUUGGCUGAGUCGACACUGGGUGAAAGGUGCUGUGCAUGGGCUGGAGUGCUCUUCCAAGCCUGUGUCUGGCCCACACUGUGUUGGAGGCUGCAGCUGUGGCUUCCCCACCAGAGUCAGAGUUCAUUUAGUCAGUCAGGUCUGAUGCAGGCAGUUUACAGAAGGCUCAGAAGGUCAGGGUCCUGCAGACGGCAUCAGGGGAAUGCCUUCCCUGGCCUUCCUUUGCAGCCACCUCGGGAGGUGAGUGAGCAGGGCCUGAGCCCUGCUCCGGGGGCUGCAGCAGGUGUGGGCACAGUCUCCCCUGCACUCCUGCGGGCCUGGGCCUGCAUCCUGGGCUCGCUCAGGAAGGCUGCUGAGCCCACCCCAGAUGCUCAUGCAAAUGUUCUGGUCUGACUUGGAACCAGGUGGCCAUCCCUCCUUGUUUUAGUGGCCAAAGAGCAGCCAAAUGGAUGGAAAUGACUGUCCGGCUCUCGGGCCCCCUGCCCACCACUGGUGGAGGUGCUAACUAGCAGGGACCUGGUGUAGGAUGGGAGCCGGGCCAGGUGCGUGGGGUCCGCUCUUGGUCCUUCAGCCUUUCAGCGUCCGGGGCUCAUUUCCCCUUCUCCCAUUUCCCUCCUCUCCCUGCAGUGAAGCAGUAGUCCAGGGUGGGGCCUGGCCUUCCUGCCCUCACCGGGCACUCCGGGCACACCCUGCCCAGCACGGGAGAGCACGCCUGUUGGUUUCAAAUGCACUUUUCUGCUUGUGAUGCGGUAUCUGCGUUUCCUUCAUCCUGGUCCUGGCUUUAUUGAACACCAUGUUUUUAGCAUGUUUUUAAAUAAAACCUGAUAAUAUGUCAAAAGCACAA